AUGUCUCCUUCACAAGCACCCAUCCAAACCGUCCCCAUCUCCCGCCCCGCCUCACCCGUCCCUCUGAUGUACUCCAAGGAACAAAUCGAGCCCGAGUUCAUGGAGGAUCUCCGUGUCUCUGGAUACUCUCCCCUCCUCCCUCCCCAGAUCAUCCAAGAAGAGCUCCCCAUGUCGGCGGUUUCAAGAAAGGUAGUCUCGCUCGCCCGCCAACAAGCAGCCAAGAUCCUCCGCGGCGAGGACGACCGUCUCAUCGUCAUCGUCGGCCCCUGCUCCAUCCACGACCCUCGCGCAGCUCUCGAAUACGCCAAACUCCUCAAGCCCCUCGCCGACGAACUCUCGGGCGAGAUCCUGGUCAUCAUGCGUGCCUACUUUGAGAAGCCCCGUACCACCGUCGGUUGGAAGGGACUCAUUAACGACCCCGAUAUCGAUGGCACCUUCCAAAUCAACAAGGGACUUCGGAUUGCCAGGGGUCUGUUGUGUCAGUUGACGGAUAUGGGUGUCCCCGUCGGAUGCGAGUUAUUGGAUACGAUCUCGCCUCAGUUCUUGGCGGAUUUGAUCUCGUGGGGUGCUAUUGGUGCCCGGACGACCGAGUCGCAGUUGCACAGGGAGUUGGCCUCCGGAGUGAGCUUCCCUCUUGGGUUCAAGAACGGAACUGACGGGAAUAUUACUAUUGCGGUGGAUGCCAUUCGUGCUGCUUCCAAGCCUCACCACUUCUUGGGCGUCACCAAGCAAGGUCUCGCAGCCAUCACCAACACCAAGGGCAACGAACUCUGCCAUUUGAUCCUCCGCGGCGGAAACGGCGGUCCCAACUACGAGCAGGAACACAUCUCCACCGUCCGCGCCGGCCUCGUCAAGGCAAAACUCCCCGAGGUCAUCAUGGUCGACUGCUCGCACGGAAAUUCGAGCAAGAAGCACAGGAAUCAGAUCUCGGUCUCUGCAGACUUGGCCAACCAGGUCCGAAAUGGAGACAAGUCGAUUGUUGGAUUGAUGAUUGAGAGUAAUUUGGUCGAGGGUCGCCAGGAUGUCGGACCUGAGGGCAAGGAGGCCUUGACUUAUGGUCAGUCGAUUACCGAUGCCUGUGUGAACUGGGACGAUACUGUGAACAUGCUCAAGGAUCUUGCUGAGGCUGUUCGCGUAAGACGCGGUUAA